AACGAGCCCUGUCUCCUUGCUGGGUUUUCAAGCUGGUGAAAGCCGUGUGACUUAGGAAGGUAACGCUAUGGGAGCCCGAGCUUGUUCCUUAGGUUGGGAUGGGCCGCUUAAUAAUACAAGGUAAGGCUUUUAUUGCUCUGCCUGGAUAACAGAUGCAAGCUUGAAAUUAGAUCUGGAAUGCGUGGUUGUAGUUCCUAAAUUUCUGCUGAUUGAAAACAAAUGUGAAGAAAAGGAGACCGGCUCUUCCUGUCUGCUGUAUGCUUGGCCCGUCAGCCUGAGUCCUUGUUACGAAGGAAAAAGCCUACAAGUACUUAGCAAACCUUCUGAACUUCAAAUAAAAGGGGAUUUCUACAGCAUCCGUAACACAUCUGAAGUCUGAAAUCCUCCGUGUUUUCCUAUACAGUGAUUUGAUAGUGCUCUGCCUCCUUCAGAGGUUAUUCUUUCUCAAGCACCAAGAAUGUCUCUUCUCUUUUGACAUGGUGAAAUAUGUCAGUGAAGCUGUUUCUGAAGCUGAAACGCUCCAUUAAGUACAAACAAACUCUUUGGGCUGUAUUUCAUUCUUCGUGUUACCAUAAAUCUAACUCUGUAGUUAUUCUACAAAGAGUUCAACUAGCCCCAGCAGGAAAGAUGAGGGAACUAACUAGACUGGCAUCAUCUUUGGCGCUUAUCCGAAACAUAAAGCCAGCCUUCAAAUCACCUUUUCCUGCCCAUGUGUUUUUUAAAUUUCUUAUGUUUUGUUGUAAGUUACAUAGUUAGGAUGCUCUGUGGAAGUGUAGGGAGGUCCUAAGUGUGUAUGCACUGUCAGUGUUUCUUCCUAAGAAUGCCUGACUCCUGCGAGCUGCGGUGUUUCUCCAAAAGUAUCUAACUCCAUUGUGGACAUAGCAAUGUAUUGAAGAAAUAAAUUGUCACUCGGUUCCAUUAUCUCCACUGUGUAGGGGAAACUGAGGCACAGAGAACUGAAGUGACAACAUGCAGAGGUCGCCUGCAGCAGAGCUGGAAAUGGAAACCAGGAAUCCUCACCCCCUAACUGUCCCUUGUUAUUUAUUCAAUGACUAAUCCGAAAGGAGUUUCCUAAUGGAGCCUGUUGAACUUUAGGUCUUAUUUUUCUUUAAGUAGCAAUAAAUGGUGUCUGAUUUUUUUUGCAUAUGUAAUCAAAAAUGGGGCAGUUCCUGAGUCCAAAAGUUCAGCAGCAGCAGGAGGACUCGGGAUGGGAGCAGGAGUUUUCUGCUGGGGCUGGAAUGCUGCAAAGUUAUGCUUGGGAUCUGGGAGCAGCACUGAGGAUGUUUGGGUUUAUUUAUUUAAAGCACUCCUUGUUAAUAGGUGGUGUGAAAGUACAAGGCUGUUCAAUAUCUCUUCUCAACUUCCAUAAUAGUUGGUAUGUGUUUUUUUUUCUUUUAAUGCCCCAGCACUGGGAUGUGGUCUGAUACUUGUCUGUCAUUUUACAAACAAACACAUCUGGAAUGGAAAAUAAGUGCUCCUUCUGGUUUCUGAGCAGCAAAAUGAAAAUUGGGUGAUGCUUGUGUGCUGCAAAGUUUAGAGGGGGGGAAAAAAUGCAAAAAACUAACUCCAAACCAGAGCAAACUUAAAAACAAAACAAGGGCUCCAAGCCCAACAGCUGAAGCGAAACAGUUUUGUUGGUUUAUAAAACCCCAUGAUCUCUGGAGCACUGACUCAGGAUGUCUGAAUGCUCACGCUUGCCAAGAGCCACGAGCUGGAACGUGGACCGAGUCUGCUUGGGCCAUAUAUGGGAGAUUUCCUCUUGGUGACAAAGGUUUGGGGUCUGGAGGAUACGAGUUCUUAAAGGCUGAUUGAAGCUUUAAUUACUUAACAUCUCCUCAGUCUUUUCUAUGUAUUUUCUACAGGUAGGAUCCAACAACCCCUUCAUGUUCAGCAAGCCUGACUCUCUGCUUUGGUCACUGUAAAUUCCAGCUGUGCCUUAGUUAUGUACUGCCCUGUGUGUGUUGGCAGUUUGCAUGGAUUCUUAAGUGUUUGGCCCAGAGCUUUAAUACUCUGUUACAUCUCUACUUAUGUAUUACAGCAAUAAAGGAAGACAGCUUUCUUUUUUUUGAUCAUGAAUUUAGCUGUAAGGGAGAGAAAUGUUUCCUUGAAUGUCAAGUGGUCUGUACUGAUAGUGUAGGUGAGCUCUGCCAGCAUCUCCUUGGGAUGUUACCCUUCUAUUCACUAUCUGAACACAGUGGGCGAUAUGGUUGCUGGGGUUACUUUGGUGUUAUAUUUUGAACAAAUUAAGAUUUCAGUCUGCAGUGGUUUGGGGUUACAGAUCCUAAACAUUCUGCAGAGGUUGAGGCUGAAGGAAGAAGAGAGGCAUGGUUACGUGGCUGCUGCCAUUGUUCAGUUGCCAGCUUGAGAACCCUUCUGCCUUAGGAGCAGGUCCUGCAGGUGGUUGGAGAUGGGCUGCCUUACAUCAUCCUUCCUGCUGACUGCUGUAAGUAGUUCCUGUUAGUUCUGCUGGCAGACAUGGGUGGUAAGGCCUGCACUUUCCCUCAGUUUUCAAGCUCUUAUACAGGGUUGCAUGUAAGCAAGUUUCAAUUUCAAAUGCUUCAGCGCUAGAUGGAGGUUGUUUGGAACAAAAAUUAUUGUUAAUAUCUAUGGAAAUGCUUUAAGAGAACUUCAAAGUAUCUCUUAAGCCUUCACCUUUACCAGCUUACCACAAACAAGGGUGGGUAUUGCAGCACCUGAGGCAUGGACUCAGAUGUGAACAAUCCAAAUCAUUUAUUACAAGUUCUCACCACACUUACAUCCAUUCACAAGUUUCUAUUCUUAGCUCUCCUGACCACCUUCACAACUUUCCCAUCCACAGUUAUAUGUGAACAAGGUAUUCCACAAACACUUCUUAACUGUGCAUACAGGCACUUGUCCAAUCAGAGCCAUGAGACAUUCCUUCUGUUUUUCUCUUCUUCUGGAGACCUCCUUGGUUCUCAGCCUUGCUUUCUCAUGCCAUUUAUCUUGCUCCACAGCUUCUGCUCUGAGUAGUCUUUCUUGUAUCCCCACAGGGUAUUUCUGUCAUUGCCUGCAGAUGAGGUGACUAAGCCAUAAAUGAACUGAUUUUUGGGUUUCAACAUUCCUUUGUUGUCUCAAUGACAAUACUUGUAUUCAGUUUUCUUGCUCUUCAGUGCUGCAGAAUACCCUGUGCCCUCCUUUCUUUAAUUGCUGGCAAACCCAGAGAUAUUCCAGCAAACUGGAGAACAGAGCUAUCAUACUAUUCCAGCUGUGAUCAUAGAACCAUUCACGUUGGGGAAGACCUCUCAGAUCCUCAGCUCCAACCCCAGCCCAUCAUGCCCACUGACCACAUCCCUCAGUGCUACAUCUCCAUGGCUCUGGAACACAUCCAGGGACAGUGACCACCACCUCCCUGUGCAGCCUGACUACUCUUCUAGAGAUUUAAGUUUUUCCUAAUAGCCAACCUGAAAACUUGGCAUUUUUCCUAUCUCAGCACCUGGUUUGGCUUUGAAUUCAGGUUAAUUCGGGAUAAGUAUCUCUAAGAAAUGAGUUAGUGGUGUUUGUACUUGUUGUGAUGUGCCUAAAUUACAUACGUUCAAAUCUUUUUCAGCCUACCCAAAUAAAAACAGUAUUUUUUUUCUGGCUGCAGCUGAACAGGUGAGAGGUUGCCUACCAGUCUGCACAGAUAUCUGCUGCUAUUUUACUGUAGUGUCAUCCAUCUUACACGUAUGGGUUCCUUGGGUUUUAUGUUGUCUUUUCUACUACAAGUCUGUGGAUUGAGGGGGAAGGAGUAGACUUUGUGUGCUGGGAAUUUUGAGGCUAUCUUCUGAUUUCUAAAAAAAGAUUUAAAGUGCUCUGCUGAAGUAAUAAAUCUCAAACUUCCCAUGAGAAGUAGUUUAGGAGGUUUCCAGCUGGCUCUGUAGCUCAUCAGCAAGAGUUCCUGAUCCUGGGUGUCUGAGACAGAGAGAGCAGGUCUUGAGAGCGCUGAUGCCAAUUACAAUCCCAAUUUCAGACAAACUUAAUGUAAUUCUGAAUGCUAAUACAGUACCACCUCCAAGAGAAGCUCAGCUGUUGGAUGAGUAAAACUGCAAGGCUUGAGGUUGUGCUUAAAGCUUUCUAUUUUGGGAGCAGCUACUCUAGGGUACUUCAUCUCUCCAAGUCCUUGUACUUGAUGCCCUAAUUGGGAUAGGGAGUUUGAGUACUCCUCACAGUAAUUUGUGGUGAGAUGCACCUUGCUUGCUGUGCGCCCAUCCUGCUAAAGUAAGGGGAGCUCUGCCUGGGGUGAUGCCUCAUUCCUUUCCUUUCAGCCUCCCCUGUACCGCUGUGCUUCAUUCCAAAGAUUAACUGUUGAUGAACGUGUCACUCACUGAGUUGAGGCGAGACCUCUUGUCAAAAUGGAAGACAUUGUGCUGUGGUCUUGGCCCAAAAAUGUUGAUAGAUGUAGCUCGAUGUCUUUCUAUUUCAAGUGGGAACUUCAGUGGUAUGAUGAAGAUACCCAUAAUGUGCCAUCCUCUCCUCCCCUUUCUUCUCCAGUUCUGUGUUGCCCCCACCCGGAGGAGCAUCACUAAAGCCAUGCAGUGGUGAUUGGCUUUUCCUUGUUGGAAGCUGAGGUCGUUCGAACCUCUUCCUCUGAACCCAUGAGGUUAUUUGAAGUUUUUGGAUUUUCGUUUAGCAGUUCACUGCUAUAUAUUGCCACUGCAGCUCUGGCAGCCUGAAAAAAAAACAGCUGGCUGAAACAAAAUCCAAGAAAGACUUGGGAUGCUGUGAAGGAAAAGAGGAAAAAAUGUCAGAGCACAAGCCAGCGUCAAUUUUGUCCUACCGUGAAAAGUACUGAUGGAAAUAGUAUGUAGACAUCUUGGGUUUCUGGGCUGUUGACUGCGCUUCUGGCAGGGCUUCCCCUUUUGCUUUCACUUUUGCAUUUGGGAUAAAGACUACGGCUGCGGGUACACGCACACAGGGUGCCAGGCAGGUAUGGUAACAAAAUGGAGUGCUUUGGAAUCUAAGCUUUUUCCAGAGUUUUCUUUCUUCUCUUUUUGACUCAGUUGAUGCUGUUUGUUGCAGCUGACCUCAUCUCAGGGAUGUGUAUGUUGAGCUGAUGAGAGAGAGUACAUCACAUCUUGUGUUGGAAGGGGGACAGGCUGUCAGUUCCAUUCCUCUCUCCGAAUAAUUUGAGGUAAAGGAAUUUAAGACAAAACAGUUACUAUGUGGGCAAGCUGCUGUAACUGGUUCUGCCUGGAUGGCUCACCCGAGGAGAUGCAGCCGCCGCAGGGAGCCCGUGCCCAAGCCUACGCCAACCCUGGGUACAGCUCCUUCCCAUCACCCACCGCUUCCGAGCAGAGCUGCAAAGCGUGCGGGCUGCACUUCGACAGCGCCUCGAGGAAGCAUAUCUGCUUGGACUGUAAGAAGAACUUCUGCACAUCCUGCUCGAGCCAGCCUGAAGGCGGUCCCCGGCUCUGCCACCUGUGCCAGCGUGUCCGAGCCACGGCUUUUCAGCGGGAAGAGCUGAUCAAGAUGAAGGUGAAGGAUCUGCGAGACUACCUGGCGCUCCGUGAGAUUUCCACCGAGCUGUGCCGCGAGAAGGAGGACCUGGUGUUCCUGGUUCUUGGCCACCAGCCGGCACUUAGCCAGGAGGAUCCGAUGAGAACAAACCCAUUUAAUACUAGUGCCUCUGGACAGCAAGACUUUGUGAUUCUCCCACCACCCAGCACAGCAUCUCCUACCUCACACGACGCGUCCCCGAUGUCUGCAGGUCCCAUCUCAAGUCCAGUAGCUCAGGAACACCGAGAGGGAAUUGGGUAUGUGCCUCCAAGCCAAGUUGGUAUGACAGGAGUUGAGAAUGCAGCAGAAGCACCAACAGAGGAGGAGACACAGUCUACUGACUCAGAAGAUAACCUGGUGCAGGGGAGGAAGGCUUCUCUUUCUGACCUAACAAGCAUUGGAGACAUCAGUGAGUUGUCUGUGCGGCAGCUGAAGGAAAUUCUUGCUCGCAACUUCGUCAACUACAAAGGCUGCUGUGAAAAGUGGGAGCUGUUAGAGAGGGUGACUCGGCUUUAUAAAGAGAAAGACCUUCAGCAUCUAGUUUCCGACACUGAUGAUCAAACCAGUGGUGCUGGGCUCCCUGGCAUGGAGGACAACCUCUGCAAAAUCUGCAUGGACUUACCCAUUGACUGCGUCCUGCUGGAAUGUGGCCACAUGGUCACUUGCACCAAGUGCGGAAAGCGAAUGAGUGAGUGCCCCAUCUGCAGGCAGUACGUGAUAAGGGCUGUCCAUGUCUUUAAGUCCUAAGUGUGCAUAAGGAAGACUGGUGAUGCCUUAAAGCCUCAUCUGCUGUUAGAGAAAUGGGUGAAGUUGCUACAGAAAGUCAGAGAUUAAGAUGUGGGCCCUGCUGGAAGUGAGGGAAGGAUGAAGCCUGGGGAAUUGCUUGCUCGAGCCACGUUUGGCUGUGCCCUUUCCACCGUAUUGUUUUACACCGCAGUGCCUGGACUCCUUGGAGCUUAUUGCCAGCAGCAGACAAAUAAUUAACAGUCUCCAUUCUAGAUUAACUGGAUCCCCAGGUGGGAGACAAAUGGGUGCCUAGCUUAUCACCACAGAUCCUGAAGCUUCUUAUUUUUCACUGAAUAAUAAACACAGUAGACCAUGGUCUCAAAAGGUGACCUGUUUUGCUGCUACGGAAUGUUGACUCUACUUCCCUUGUGUUGUGGGCAGCACACCCACCGCUUAGUUUUCAAGGAAUAAAAUUGUACUUUUUUUCCUAAAUUUAUUAGCUUCUUUUGCUUGCAGGACAGGCAGACUGCCUCCGAUUUCCAUCUUCAGAAUAAGCUUAAUUCUAGCCUAGUAGGAUUACAGGAAAAAUGUAUUGUUUUAUUUAAAGAUGGGCUCUGCAUUACUGAAAAAAUAAUGGGUAGUGAACGACUGUGAAACACACAGCUUUACCUUGCCUGGUGUUCAGUGUUUGCCCCUGUAUGGGGACAUACAGUCUGCUGCUGUUGGUUUGACUUCGUAGGUUUCCUUACAAUAAAUGUCAGCAGUCACUUUGUGUGAUUAAGGAGCUAAGAAGCCACAGCUUGAGUAUUUUAGAAGAUUUUGUGAGCUAGAGUAAGACUUCUAGUGCUACACAAUCAUAGUUAAGUACAGGUGACCUUAGAAGAGAGACCUGAAAGAAAGCAGAGGCAAACUUAAUCUCCCUUGAAACAAUAAAAUGAGAAGUGAGUGAGCAUUGCUGCAAAAGCUUCUGUUUACUGCAGCCCUGCUGCAUUAAGGCUGCUUAGAAAAGUAUGUAUUUCAUGAUCAUUCUGCUUGUGGAGGUGGAUAAGGUCUGUGGCCUGACGGGUGACAAUCACAAGCCCUUGGAGCUACCCUCCAGGUUUGUUCUCUUGGAAGCCUUGCUAGAGCAAACUGAUGGGCAUGCAGCGGCCUGCAAAUGGCUGGUCCAUUUGGCUCGUGAAGUUCCACAACUUCGAUGCCUUCUGAACUUGAGUACCUUCUACUGCAGAUCUUUUCCUGCCCAACUUUCCCUUUCAUCAUGUGGUGAGCGUUCAGGGUUCAAACUAAAUCUCUGCGUGGGUGUCAGGAGUGGAAUGGCAUAAAACAAGUGUUGACUUAAAGCUUCUGGAGUAGUGGAAAUGCAGUUACAGAAGUAUCAUUAAAGCCAUCUACUAUCUAUAAAAGCAAUGUUAGAUAACAGCAAAUCAACUUCUGCAGUAUUUAACAUGCAAUCUUUAAUGGUGCAUGAGCAGCAACACCCUCAGCUGGCACAGAGCAGAGGGGCUCUGCUUUACAAGUGGGGAUCAGGGACUCAAGAUGAAGACAUCCAUCACACAGUAGCUGGCAGCCUCUGUACAGCUGAGGUGGCCUCUGAACUUCCUGAUAAAAACAGGACAGCUCUUGAGGCUUAUUCAAUUAAAAAUGCUGAGUUUUCUUCCCCUGCUCAGGUGGUUCUCUAAUACUUGGCUUGAGGUUUAACAGCUUCCAGCAUGAGAACUGAUACAAUUCAAUGCAUCAUGUUAAAAAAAAAAAGCGUAGUAAGCAUUAACUAUUUAUGCUUCAGGAGCUUCACAGGGAAAUCUUUAAGAGAUACAGAGAAUACACAAACAAAGCUUUGAACAGUCUCAUUAGUAAAUUCACUGUGAGAAUUUGUCAUUUUUCAAUAACUCAGGACUGGGGGUAUUUAGCAAGAUCAUUCCCCUGGGGACAGAUCUGCUUCUACAGGGUAGACUUAUUUUCUAUGGUAGAUAUAUCAAGUUGCAAAUCAAUGGCAGAAAUUCUAUGAGUGAGAAGAGGUGCCCAGCUGCAGUCUGGAAUGUGCUUUCUGAAGGGGAAAGCACCUUUUUCUGACCAUACUGUUUUGCUUGUGUUAAAAUCAAAAUCUGGAAGAACUGUUUAAUAAUCCAAAGGAAUAUAGUGAUCCGAACUAAUAAAGUAAAUGGAAAUAUUUAUGUGCUUUAGGUACACUGUACAUAGUCUAAAUAUUUUAAAGUUAAUAUUCUACUUGAAAUGGCAUGUUAUCUCUAUUAAAUCCUCUUGGUACUACGAUAGUUAAACUUAACUAGUUUUGGUACGGAAGUUUGGUUUAUAAUUUUAUAAUAAAGUUGAAAUGUGAUUUAGUUAA